AUGCCUUUCACCGCGAUCAGCGCUGCCGCAGCGAGCGGUCCCAGCGCCGCCGGCACCUCGAGUGCGAAUGCAAGCUCGAGAGCCUCGCCUGCCGUAGGCGGACCCUCGACAAACCAAGCCUCCAAGCCAAAAUCGGUACAGGCCAAUCCAAACGGCACUUCUUCACAUCCGCAUACCGUCUUGAGUAAUAUGACGAGCUUGCCGUUGGAUCUAUCUUCAGUCGAACGCCGAGGCCUACCCACAGCGCCCAAGGAACCUGUCAAGAAGACGGGUCGCAUUUACGACCUGGAGGAUGCGCCAGUCUACCAGCCGACAGAUGAUGAGUGGAAGGACCCUAUGGAAUAUAUACGCAAGAUCACACCUGAGGCCAAGAACUACGGCAUCUGCAAGAUCAUUCCGCCAGAUUCUUGGAACCCAGAUUUUGCUAUUGACACUGAGAGAUUUCACUUUCGCACUCGAAAACAGGAUCUCAAUUCUGUUGAAGGCAGCAGCCGAGCCAAUAUCUCAUACGUCGACUCUUUACUCAAAUUUCAUAAGCAGAAUGGAGGUCACAUGGUCCGAAUGCCCUAUGUCGAUAAGCGGCCAUUGGAUCUUUGGCGGCUCAAGAAAGCCGUCGAGUCUCGCGGGGGUUUUGAGAAGGUCUGCAGGUCCAAGAAAUGGGCUGAGAUCGGCCGCGACCUGGGCUACAGCGGCAAGAUCAUGAGCUCUCUGUCGACAUCCCUCAAGAACUCAUACCAAAAAUGGCUGUGCCCAUACGAGGAGUAUCUUCGGCUCGCCAAACCUGGCGUCUAUCAGCAGCUGGAGACGGAAAAUGGCGGGCCACUGACUCCAAGCCCAGCUCCAAGCCCCAUGAAGCACUCCAACAUGCCCACGCCCUCCAGUCUCAGAGGUGAAUCCCCUGCAAGGUUCGCAUCAUCCGCCUUGCAGGCUUCUGUAAACUCAGAUAGGGAUACGCCAAUGCGGGACGCACAGCCCUCAGCGCCGCAGUCUGUCACAAGUGGAUUUACAGCCAUCAAUUCCGGUGGUUUCACAGCAGUCAACUCGGGGUUCACCAGUGUCAAUCGCGCGCCCGCCGCUGAAGUCAAGUCCAACACGCCCUCAAAGCAAUUCACAAGCCCUAUGACCUCGGCCAAAAACACACCGGAAUACCGACCUUCUGGUCUGGGACCAGCAAAUUCGCUGAAGCGGCAGAUGAGCGUUGACAGCCUUGACUCAGCCAGAGAGAAUGGCGUUGACAAGGACGAAGACAACGGUAGCAGGAGAAGUAAGAGACUCAAGAAAGAAGCCGUUCCUACUGUAGCUGGAUCCCACAUGUCCAUGUUUCGGCCGAUGCCCAGGCUAUCGCCCCGAGAAGACACAUCCGGCCCGGGAGAGAAAUGCACUCAUUGUGGCAAGGCUGAAGAAGCUGGAUUCCUCGCCGUCUGCGAGUCGUGCGACCAUGCUUACCACGGUGCUUGUUUGGAUCCGCCUUUGAAAUCAAAGCCCGACUCCGAAUGGAAUUGCCCUAGAUGCCUAGUCGGCGAUGGCCAAUUUGGUUUUGAGGAGGGCGGGUUGUACUCGUUACGCCAAUUUCAAGAGAAGGCUGCCGAUUUCAAGCAGGGAUAUUUCGAGAAGCGCAUGCCACUUGAUACCGUAUUAGGCUGCGCAAGACCCGUCACGGAAGAUGAUGUUGAGCGCGAGUUUUGGCGCCUGGUCACCGAUGUUGACGAGGAAGUACAGGUUGAAUAUGGUGCUGACAUCCACUGUACGACACACGGAUCUGGAUUCCCAACUGUCGAGAAACAUCCUACCAACCCCUACUCGACCGAUCCAUGGAACCUGAACAUCCUUCCAUACCACCAUGAGAGCCUUUUCAGACACAUCAAGUCAGAUAUCUCAGGAAUGACAGUGCCUUGGGUCUACGUCGGCAUGAUUUUCUCCACCUUCUGCUACCACAACGAAGAUCAUUAUGCGUACUCAGCUAAUUAUCAACACUUCGGUGCCACAAAAACCUGGUAUGGCAUCCCUGCCGAGGACACUGAGAAAUUCGAGAGGGCAAUGAAGGAGGCUGUUCCUGAGUUGUUCGAAACGAAUCCUGAUCUACUGUUCCAACUCGUCACGCUUCUCACACCCGAUCAGUUGAAGAAGGCCGGUGUGCGUGUCUAUGCAGUGGAUCAGCGUGCUGGCCAGAUGGUCCUCACAUUCCCAUCAGCGUACCACGCAGGGUUCAAUCACGGGUUCAACUUUAACGAGGCGGUCAACUUUGCUCCAUGCGACUGGGAGCCUUUCGGACUUGAUGGUGUUGAGCGUUUGCAGGCAUAUCGACGACAACCCUGCUUUUCUCACGACGAGCUCUUGUGGACUGCUGCGGACGGAACGACGACCAACAGCCUGACGAUCCCAACAGCGAAAUGGCUGGCCCCCGCACUCGACAGGAUACACCGGCGCGAACUUACCGAGAGAGAGGCCUUUGUUGUGAAACAUCUCUCUGAGUCUCCUCACAAGUGUGCGCUUGGUGGCGAAAACGAAGGGGAGUCAUGUCCCCUUGCAUUCAAGAUUGACGACACGGACGUCCCGGAGGAAGAGUAUUCCUGCGCAUACUGCAAGGCAUUUGCUUACCUGUCGAGAUUCAAGUGUUUGAAAUCUGGCAAGGUCUACUGUCUGAUGCAUGCAGGGAGCCAGCCCUGCUGCGAUAUGACUCAAGGCAGCCGGUUCCUCGGCCAAGACCACGAACUCAUAUUCCGGAAGUCGGACGAGGUCAUCACUGCAACCAGCAAGAAGGUCUCCGAGAAGGCGAACGUGCCCGAGGCAUGGGAGGACAAGUACGACAAGGUGCUCGAUGAGGAGGCAACCCCUUCGCUGAAGACCUUGCGAAAUCUACUCAACGAAGGAGAACGCAUACCGUACGAGCUCAAAACCCUACCUCUCUUGCGAGCGUUUGUUGACCGUUGUAACCGCUGGGUCGAAGAGGCAACCAAUUACACGAUCCGCAAGCAACAGAAUCGGCGAAAGAACGAAAAGGCCUGGCAAACCGGGUUGCGCAAGUCGAUAGGCAGCGCGUAUCAAGACGAAAAAGAACGCGAAAUGCGCAAGGCUGAGAAUAUUAACCGUCUUUUGCGUGAAGCGGAGCAAAUUGGAUUUGACUGCCCAGAAAUACAGCUCCUCCAAGACAGGGCGGAUGCGAUCAGGACGUUCCAGGAGAACGCGAGGAACGUGAUCAAUCACCCGUCUAUGCACCAAGUCGAAGCUGUUGAAGAGUUGCUUGAGGAAGGCAACGGAUUCAACGUCGACCUUGAGGAGAUGGAGAAGCUGUCCAAGGUCCUCGACAGGUUGAAGUGGAACCAAAAGGCCAAAGCCAGCCGCAGCGUAUUUAUGUCAUCACAAGAGGUUAAGGACCUUAUUGAAGAGGCAAGACGCAUCGGCAUCGAGGCCUACAAUGACCACCUCAGUUUCUAUGUUGAGCAGCUCUCAACGGGCUUUAAUUGGGAGAAGAAGGCGAAGGAGAUCAUCGAAGCAGAUGUCAUACACUACCCCCAGCUGGAAGCUCUGUCGCAACAAGCUACACAGAAUCUCCUUCCCGUGUCAGCAGACGUACUGGCUCAGGUUGACCAGAUUUUGCACAAGCAGCGCGAGGCAUUGCGUCAAAUCGCUGAUCUGAAUGCUCGUACGAGAAACGAUGACUUUCGUAAGAGGCCGAGGUAUACAGAGGUUGCCGAUAUCAUGAAACUGGUCGAAGAUCUCCAAUCGAAGCCUCCAGGAACACUUGACCUAGAAAAAGAGCAGCGCCGCCACGAGGACUGGAUGCGCAAAGGCAAGAAGCUCUUCGGAAAGACUAACGCGCCCCUGCACAUCCUCAAGAGUCACAUGGAGUACGUUCUGGAACGAAAUCUUGACUGCUUCGACAUCACCAAGGACAAGCCCCGUCUACCAGCAGAGCCAGCCUCGAGAGAGCCAACGCCCGAGAAGGAGAAAAAUGCAGCGUAUAGGUGGGACGAUCCCAAGUUCAGAGAAGUCUUCUGCAUUUGCCGGCGGAUUGAGGCAGGCAUGAUGAUCGAGUGCGAACUAUGCCAUGAAUGGUAUCAUGGCAAAUGUCUGAAGAUCGCCCGCGGAAAGGUCAAGGAGGAGGAUAAGUACACUUGUCCAAUUUGCGACUGGCGAGUGAAGAUUCCGCGAGACGCGGCCAGGCCAAGACUCGAGGACCUUCUCGACUGGGAUGAGGAGAUCCCCAAUCUGCCGUUCCAGCCCGAAGAAGAGACCGUCUUGAAGCAGAUCAUCGACAACGCCCAAACCUUUCGAAACCACAUUCACUCAUACUGCAAUCCUGUACUGUCUACUAGGAAUGAAGCCGAGACCCAGCGCUUCUACUUGCGCAAAAUCGAGGGUGCAGAAAUCCUCCUCGCAAAUGAGACCAAUUUCUUUCGCCAGGAGUUACACAAGUGGCAUCCCGUCGCCCCGAAUCCACCCCCGGUCAUCGAAGUGUCGAAGAGCACACGCAAACCUCGGCCAACUAAGCUGGACAAGCUGCUUCUUCAGCAUGGGGUCAUCAACGUGGAGGAUCUGCCAGAGCAUGUCAAGUCUAAGGGACUGAGUCUGAAACGCAAGCGUCAGAAUGCUGAAAUGGCCGCUCAGGCUCACCAGCAGGCUGUCGCAGGAUCCUCUACUUCUGGCCCGGCCACGAGCCCUGGCGUGAAUAGCUACGCUUCGUAUUACCAGCGGGGCACAUCGUCACAGCCGCAGACUCCUGGACUGUCGAUCGCGAGCAGCUCCCACGCUCAUCCAUCUCGUGGCCCUGGGUCGUCGUCAUCUUCGACUCACCACGGCCACCCAUACGGGCGAGCUGAUUCAAAUGGCCCUGUGAUUCGCCCUGAGAACAUGGACCUCGACAGUAACAAUGCCAACAUUCAUCCCAGUUUCUUUAUGCCGUCUGGUGGAGGACCUCAGAUCAUGGCAGAUAGUACUUCUGGUCCUUCUCUCGAAGACCGUCUCCUCCGUGGUCAGCCGGACGAUUCGACACUGAAGGCCUACAUGGCGACCGAAGCAGGACACCAGACUGCUUUGGAGAUGUUGUCCAAAACUCAAGAGGGUCGACGAAAGGCCGAGGAAAUCUUUGGUCCUGGUGCCUUUGACGGUGGCCGAGCAGCUUUGAGUGGACCGGAAGAUGUCGGCAUCGAUGACGGAGCUGUUGAUCAGAUGUUUGCUGACAUGGUCAAUCAAGAUGAUGAGGACGAACUCAAGGGAAAAGGAAAGGGUGCUGCCAGCAAAGGAAGCGGCAACAAUAGAGACGAGGAGAAGAUCACAGCCGAAAGCUUGGAGACCGAGAGGAACGACCUUGACGCGUUGCUGGACAGGGACUAG